CCGAGACCAUCGCGCUCCGCUCGAUUCACAUAUUGGGUUCAGUUGAUUACACAGGUUCUAGACAGAUAGUCGCGUGAAACGGUUGGUCGUGAACAAAAAAUAGUGUGGAUGGAUACCAUUGAAAGAAUUUUUCGGUUGUUUGUGCUUGUUUCAUGCCAUUCGUGAGAUUUGGUGUGUUUAGUGAAGGGGAGCAGUGAAAGAUAUCUAACAUUGUGUUGAGAGCGAAAUAGUUAUCGCAUGGUGGGUUCGCAGUGCAUGGGAUCGUAAAUUCUUUCAAUAACAUAAAAAGAAGAAGGAACAUGCAGAUUUUUAUGCGUUUGCUGCAAAAUUAAACACCCUAGAGAUUGUGUAUAACUGGUAAAAGUUUGUGAUCUACUAUGCUUGUCUAGUGCCAUACUUGUGAACAUGAAUGAAAUUAAACCGACUAUGUGCAGCGGUAUUGAAUGGUGAUUAGUUGCUUCUACGAGACUCGUUCCGUGGCAUAAUUGCUGAGUGGGUUUUAAAUCGAUGUCACUGCGGCGCUGCCGUUCAAGUGGUUGUCUUCCAACUGUAAUCAAUUGACGACACCAAUUUUGUAGCUCUUAGCAAGGCUGAAAUUACUGCAACCACCGAAACUGCUCCGAUUACGUUUUAUUUUCGUCGCAAAGGUGCAUACGGAAAUCGGGUCAAUUACUUUCCAGUCCGGCUGAUUCGAUAAACCGAACCGGCACAAACGCCCUUCGUUCAAGGUUGAUAAACAGCGCUUAAAUGAAAUCUUUGCACGAAAUGGACACAGGAGGAUACAUAAACGAAGAUGAAUUGGAGCCGGUUAUGGAAGAUGAAGGAGGACAACUGAAAUCCAAAAAUGGCCAAAAGUACAUUAUCAACAAUUCACCCCGCGGAAAGUACAUCGCAAGCUGGUGCUGGUACUUUACGCUGUUUCUAGUCGCUGCACUGAUACUGCUAACGAUCGUCCUAUUGGUUCUGCUGUUUAAUCAACCCCGAUUAUGUACUUACGACAAUGAACCUACUAAUGGAAAUUCUUCCGAUAUUAAAAUUGGGUCACUUUUUAAUCCAACCAAUGGCGCUGGGCAGCACGCGGUAGCGAAUGGUGUGUCGAAGAAAUGUUCCCACGAUCCUCGGUUGAACACGCAUUACGAUCGAUUGAAGACGCCGACGAAGAGUGAUGUCAGCAAAGACGAUGAGAUAGACGGCGUUUAUUCAGAGGAGGAAGAUACUCAGGAUCUGAUUACGCGAAGCCAUGGCUGGGCGCCAUCCCACUACAAAUUAACUAUUGAACCAAACUUUGAACAAUCAAUCAACAAUGGAACAGUUGUGAUAAGCAUAGUUCGAGAUACUACUUAUGGCAAUGAUCUGUUGCCAAUCGUAUUGGACAUGAAUCAAAUAACAAUUCUCUCUUCGCAAGUGUUAGAUUCUGAUAAUCAAGAUAUAGCAUUUGAUGCCAUAUAUGGACGUAAUAAUCAAUCUUACGUGAUACGGAUAAAAGAAAAUGGUGUAAACGUCCAUAAUAUUACCGUCAUCCUUGAUUUUGAAAGUCAACUCAGUGACACGCUGCAAGGAUUCUAUAAGGGCUCCUUCGUGGACGAGGAAAAUGGCCAAAAAAGCUGGUUUGCAAGUACUCAAUUCUCUCCGAUCGAUGCCCGUCGCGCAUUCCCUUGCUUCGACAGCCCGGAUAUGAAGGCCACGUUUGAAGUUUCCCUGGUGCAUCCGGUUGACAAAACAAUGUUUCUUUCCAACACUGAACACAUUAAAACAAGCAUAUCUCGCCCUGGGUUCCUGAAGGAGGACUUCGAGGUUACCCCAAAAAUGAGUACCUACCUCGUGGCGUUCAUCGUGUCCAAUCUACAACUUGCUCAACGGUCGGAGGGUUUUACCCCACAAAUCAACAUCUGGAGUAGACCGGAAGUCACUCGCAUGACGAACUACGUGCACAGGCUGACAAUACGCAUUCUACCCUACCUGGAAAGCUAUUUUGACCUCAAGUUCAACAUGAAGAAAAUCGAUAUGGUUGCCGUGCCAGACUUUGGAUUCAGUGCAAUGGAAAACUGGGGAUUGAUUACAUUCCGGGAGUCUGCUUUUCUGGUUCCUGAAGAUAAUAACAAAAGUUCUUCGGCGAAGCACAAGGAACGUGUUGCUUCUGUGGUAGCACAUGAGCUGGCGCAUCAAUGGUUUGGGAAUUUGGUUACCCCUCGCUGGUGGAAUGAUCUUUGGCUGAAGGAAGGAUUUGCGACAUAUAUGAGUUACGAAUGUUUGAACUUUGCUGAGAAAAAGUGGCGCGUGUUCGAAACAUUUGUUCAAAAUGAACUUCAAAAAGCGUUCGAGAAGGACUCCGAUCGUAAUUCACAUCCAAUUUCGUUUCCAGUGAACAGAGGUUCGGAUAUCCGACGAAUUUUUGAUCCCAUAUCGUACUCCAAAGGAGCAUCGAUUAUUCGGAUGAUGAACAGUUUUCUUGGACAAGAUGCCUUCAAAUCCGGAAUAAACGAAUAUUUGAAGAAAUAUCAAUAUGAGAAUGCUGAACAGGAAGACUUGUGGGAGAUUUUGACUCAUCAUGGGCAUGAGUCUGGUUCCUUACCUACUUCGCUCGAUGUUAAACAAAUCAUGGACACAUGGACAUUACAGGCUGGAUACCCAGUAAUUACGGUGGAGCGAGUAGGCGAACAAACGAUAAGAAUUUCUCAACAACGAUACAUGCUUCCCACGAAAAAUGCUUCGGACGAUACACGGUGGUACAUUCCGAUAAGCAUAGUUACGAAAUCCUUGCCCACCCGAAAUUCUAUUCCGGAGCUUUGGCUGAACUACGAUAACGAAAGUAUUGAGGUAAACAUUCAAGCUGAAGCCGACGAUUUCGUUUACUUGAAUGUAGAUCGAACCGGGUACUACAGGGUGAAUUACGAUUAUGCAUCGUGGAAAAAACUAACCACCAGCUUCCCAAGUCUUCCAGCGUUGACCCGAUCGCAGCUCGUUGACGACGCAUUCAAUCUAGCACGUGCCGAAUUCAUCGAAUAUGAUAUUCCACUGACAUUAAUACUGAUCGUAUCGCAAUUUCCUCAUGAUAUCUCUGCCUGGGCAUCGCUCAACAAGGGAUUGGAAUAUCUGAACGACAUGAUGGCCCGUGAACCUGCGUAUGAAAGCUUUCUAGCGGUGAUGCGUUCAGCUCUUAGGAAAUCAUUUGAAAUUUACGGCUUUGAAGACCAUGCGGAUAACGAUCACCUGCAAAUGAUGCACCGCGAGAGGAUAGUCGGAUUGGCCUGUCAGUUCGGAAUCGAUAAGUGCUCAGUUCGCGCUCAGACACUUUUCCGACGAUGGAUGACCGAUUCCAAGGACAAUCAGAUACCGCCAAAUCUCAAACAGGUAAUCUACUGCACCUCGUUACGUGAUGGAGGUGUACCGGAGUGGAACUUUGCCUACAAACGAUACAAGGAGACGGACUCCGCUUCGGAGAAAGAACUGAUUCUGAACGCUCUUGGAUGCUCGGUCAAGCCGUGGUUAUUGUCAAAAUAUUUGAACAUGACGUUGGAUCCUUCAUCGGGAAUUCUUAAGCAAGACGGUGCUAGGGCGUUCCAAUCUGUUGCGAAAAACUAUGCAGGAAAUGACAUUGCAUUCAAUUUUCUGUACGAGAACAUCGAACGGGUCGUCAAAUAUUUCGGAGACGGAUUUUCUACGUUGAACAAGAUGAUAGACGCAGUCACAUCGAUGAUGAAUCAGCAACAUCAUAAAGAACAAUUUGAUCGGUUUGCGCGUAAAGCCCGAAAACUUGGUUUGCGAACGAUAGAGAAAAGCGUCUACUUGGCAGAGGAACAAAUUAUCAACAACAUUCACUGGCGUUCUCGAUCGUACUAUAAGCUACAAGAAUUCCUUGAUAAAUUGAUUCAUGAUUUGCACAUGAAUAUGUACUAAAAGAAAGUUACGUCGAACUUAUUAUGAAAAGCAUAGUCAAUGUUUCCGCAAUUUUUAGAUGUUUGUACAUAUUGCUAAGUACGAAGAAAUGAGAACAAAAUUUCACUACUCCUACUACUGAAUGAGCCUCGCAAGGUCAAGUGUAUAAAAAACCAAAUUUAAUAUGCGUUCGUUAGGUUUUAUAAGCGUGCGAUAGUUGCGCAUUAUAAAUUUGUUGAGGAAAAAGAACAACGGAUUUUCUGGCUGUGUAUUUGUAUAAAUUUUAGUUAUGCACCAAAACGCAAUGGCACUGGUGGAAACGUCAUUUGUUAGUUAAAUUUCGAUUGAAUCAUAAUUCACGGUAUUUUUUAUUAAAUCAUCAACAGUAUUUAUAAAAUUAGCUAUCAGUAAUAAUUUAUACGACAGUCCGGAGGAUACCAGGAUGGUGAGAAUAGUCUGCUAGCGUGCUAAGUUUCUCAAAGAAAUAGGUUUAAGAAUAAUUGCCAUAUAUUUUAUAGUGCCUAGAAUAUAUAAACGAAACUAGAAACGAUAAAGUCAAACUGCCCGCCUCUCAACCGAGCUGCGAUAUGUUUUAAAGUGUCUUGACUUCCAAAUAGUUUUACCGUACCAUUAAACAGCACAACGUUAUGAGACGAAACACAAGUACCGCGCAUGUUGCUAUUAGAAAACAAUCUGCCACUGUUGUUGAAAUAUAUGAAAUCCAGAGUUUCGAAUCGAAUA